AUGUCGGCCCUCAAGGACUUUGGCACCAACGCCAAGAAGGGGUCGAUCCGUGCAGAGGCAGCUUGGCAGCUUGCCACCUUAACAGAAGCCUUAUUUCGAUUUCUGGGCCUGGUCCUGUCGCAAUCUGGAGUGGUGCGGGCCAUGUCCGUCCUCGGAGAGACAAGAGCAACGAGCCACCACCACCACACCACGUCUUUGCCCGUUUUCAUGCACCACUUUGGCUGCGCGACCCCGUCCCACGAAGCCCUGGAAAUUCUCCGCAUCCUCUCAAAGGGCCGGGCAGUGGCCGAUGUUGGGUCCGGCAGCGGGUACUGGACCUUUAUGCUCCGCGGCUACGGCUUGACUUGA